AUGGCGGGUACCGAACCGGAGAAUAAGUCUUAUGUAGACUUACGAGAAAAGCUUAACAAGAAUUCAUCUACCAACAAAAAGCAGUUCUGGGAGAAUAGAAAGCGGAAACGUGACCAAAAUGUUGUUUCACAUCGCCAAUAUCCAACGCAUGACAGAGAAAUUGAACUGCAGAAAGUUCAUCAAGGAAUUCGUCAGCGAAUUUUAUUCGAUAAAGAGGAAUGCGACAAAAUUGAACAAAAAAUCGACGAAAUAGUUCAUUGUGCAGAUGAGGGAAAUUAUAAAAGCAGAACAGUUGAUAGAGCACCAUUACGCGUUAAAUAUUUCUUCGGAGAGGGCUACACGUACGGGAAACAGCUCACAGAGCGAGGACCCGGACAGGAGAGACUUUUUCCUCGGGGAGAAGUCGAUGAAAUUCCGCAGUGGAUUUAUGAUUUGGUUGUAUUGCGGCUGGAGAAGGCUGGAAUCGUGCCUAAAGGCUUUGUGAACAGUGCUGUGAUUAACGACUAUCAACCCGGAGGUUGCAUAGUUUCGCACAUCGAUCCACCACACAUCUUUGACCGUCCAAUUGUUUCGUGUUCGUUUUUCAGCGAAUCCUCGCUCAGUUUUGGCUGCAAAUUCAGUUUCAAACCUAUUCGCACAUCAACGCCAGUCUUAACACUUCCACUACCUCGAGGCUGCGUGACAACUUUAAGGUGAGUUUGCUAUAUUCAAGUUUAUUUUGUUUGAGCAAGUGAUUCAUCCCUUGCAUUAGUGCACUGCUGCGGCAUUUAAAAUUGUCUUGCCAGUGUAUUGCGUAAUUGAAAAUCGAGUUCUUCAAACCAAAGAGACACACUUCUCUGAGAGUGACUGGCAUUUGAUUUUUCACUCGAACCUGGCUUUAUCUGGUUACUACCGUUUGUGCUGAAUAAUGUUGUAUCCAUUGUUACAAAUGAAUAUCAAAUAUCUUGUUCUUUGUGAGGUCACGUAUUAGUCAGGGAUUUGGUACAAUUUUUAUUUCCUCUUCUUACAAAGGCACUGGGAACAUAUGUUCAAUGUGUGUCAAUCUAAAUUUGAGAAGAUAAUUGUGCAAUGUUAAAAAAAAAAAAAAAAAAAAGCCACAGUGCGGGAUACUACAUGUAGAUGCCAUCCGUACAAAUAUUCUAGGAAUUUUUUUCACUUCUUAUCUUAAUUUUGACCCAUAAUAUAGAAUUCACAAGUAACAUGUUCACGGUUCAUUAUUUUGACUCCAGUCAAGACUAGCACUGUCUAAGCUCAGCAUAAAUGGAAUUAACACUUACUGAUCUUUCCUCUCUGUUUCCAACAGCGGUUAUGCAGCCGAUGACAUCACACAUUGUAUCAGACCUCAAGAUGUGAAAGCAAGAAGAGCUGUGAUCAUUGUAAGGAGGUAGGGAGUAGUUUACUUGUUAGCACCUUGGCUUUGAAAUGCUGCAACUGUAUAUUGCUCUCUCGCUUAGGUAAAUGUACCCUGCAAAUAGAGAUUUUUGUGAUUAAUUCUCUUUGUUUUCAAGAAAUAGCACAAACAAAAAAUGUCUGCUUUCCUAGCAGUGUUCUUUAGGAUCCUACUUAAGCUCGAAAGCAAGUGAACCAUGUUUUUUCUUCUGAAAAAUAUAUCGCACCGAAAAGUUAAGUAAUAUUGGGGCACUUUCAAACAUGAUUAGAUAUCUUGGAGACCUUUUUACCUGGAGCAGAAUACUGCUGGCAGGUUGGUUCUUAGCCAGUUAACAUGUCAUUUCAGUAGCUGUUAUCCUAUCAGACAUUGCAAGUGUGGUGCUAAAUUUCAUAUUCCUUAGAGUUAAACUUGUAUCAUAAUUGCUAACCAUAACUGGUUUUAGAUGUCUGCACCAUACUAUAUAAAUCUCCUUUUACUUUAAUAUUUGGAAUCUGUUGUCCUUUGAAAGAGAAUCAAUCAAAUAAUUUACACUGUGUGCAUCAGCUAUUCUCUGCAACAUGACUACUUGGGACACUUCUCUAGGAUGACACCUGUGAUGUUUUUUUGCCCCUCUCCCCCAUCCAAUGUUGUUAAUAUCCAAUGUUUCUUUGCCAUCUUGAAAACCAACAAUAGAGAACUUACCGUUAAGUAAAGAUGAUUUUGAGAUGUGAACGGCAACCAUAAGAAGAAUAAAACUAAUUGCAUGCAUUGAUGCCAGUGUAUCACCAGUGAUAGCAUUUCAAACCAAAGCUUGCUGACCAAAAAGGUGUAGCGAGCAUUAGGAAUGGGAACUUUCAACUUCAAGAUGCCAUCUGUGUCUCCAAAACGUUUGUGUGCUUAAGCUUUCUAGUGAGAGGGGCAAGGGGGGAAGGGGUGGGGGUGGGUAGUAACUGUCCCAAAAAAUGUGUCUGGGAGUAUAGAUCUUUAUAACCCCAAACACUCACAAUGUUGUUUCAUCGAUCUUUAUUUAUCAGUUUCAACUUGAUUUCAGAGUAUAUCCAGAUGCACCAAGACUUGAACCAUUAAUUAAUGGCAGCAAGGAUCAAGAUGGGGAAAGUAACAGAGACAGUGAUGAUGAUGAAGAUGAAGAAAAUGAUGAAGAGCCCCCAUCACCCAAGAAGAAACGUGUGGUGUUGAAAAGGAACUUUAAACGUCCCAGCCAAGAAGCUAAGAAUACCUCUGAUCAGUAAGGAGACUGAUAAUUUGAUCAAGUGAUGACAGUCCAGCAGAGGAUAUAAUAUUGGUGCAAGACAUCAGAAAUAGCUUCAGUGAAGGUUCAGUUGGACAAACAUCAUUCUGGCUGGGGCCAGAGCUCAGUCCUUCCCAUGGAUCUAAGACAGGCUUGUGUAGUUUAACCUUAUAUAUGUUGUGACUUGCUGUUCAAGUCACAAAUGAUAGUUGCAGUCUAUAGGUUAGAUCUGUGUUGUGGCUUUCUUUUGCCAGUCAUGUUUAAUUCAAAUUUUUCUCAUUCUGUUAUGUAGACUUUGCCUCUAUUGUAUAGUUUUUAGUCAAGAUCUUUUAAAUUGCUUUCAAUCUGUCAAGCUUCCUGAUCUGUCAGUAGUGUGCAAAUGUAUUGGUCAAUUUUGAAACUUGUCAUUUGCUCAUUAUAUUGGUGACUGUUUAUCUUGAAAAGCAACUGGCCUUUAAAGUGACCAAAAUGAUUUCAAUUUCUUAGUUCCAUCCUAUGGUUUGUGAAAAGUAAUACUUGAUUAUUUGGAAUGCCGAUGUGAUCCAUUCUGCAAUUUGAAUUUCUUUGGACAGAUACUGACGAUUUUUUUACAACCAUAGUAAUGCUGAAUAAUGAGGGCAGAAUUGGGGAUUUCAGCUCUCAGGAAGUCAAGGUGUUCAAAAUUCCAUAGACAUAAAUUCCUGUCAAAUCUGUAUGAGUACCGAUUUUAUCUGCCCUGUUCUAUACUGCCUUUUACAACAUAGACCCAAAAUCUUUUCCAUUCUUCUCAAAAUGUUUUCCACCAGAAACACUGACAAACUCAGUGAGGUUUGCUUAAGGAGAACAAAACUAUCUCCUUUCAUUGGAGGGGUUGGUGAAAAGGUCAUUUUUGACAGAAGCAGUUUUUGUUCAGAUGCUGGCAAUAAAAGAUUUGAUCAUAAAAUGAUUUUUAAACCAUAGAAUGGAACUAAAGACAUGAAAAAAACCCCAAAUAAGUGGUACUUCAAUCACCAUGUUGAUUAUUGGUCGAAAAAAAAACACUCUAUGGAAGUUAUAGUACUGUAAAUAUACAUUGCCAUAUGUCAGCCUUCCUUCCCAAGUUAUUUAGGCACUGUAUAUUGUAUAUACAAAGAUUUACCCAAAGGUAUAUGUAUCAUGAAGGUAGCAUGUACUUCCAAAGAAGUUGGUUUACAAAGCAAUUGCCUGUUGAGACAGUCUGAAGGAAGGUGUUUUUGUUAAUGAUGUGUUCCUUGUACUUUAUCCUUUCAAUUCAUGUUCUCUUAGUUUUACGCUACAACCUGUUUUGCAGCAUUUGCAAGAAUUUCAAUUUAUGAUAUACUUUUAUCAAGCAACCUUUAGAUUUGCCGAAAAAAGUACAAGGAGAAAUGGAAACCUUCAUAUCGUUGGGUGCUAUAUAUAAAGAUGUACUCCACUAGUUUGUUUCAGAAUCACAUUUGAAUCAUUUUUUUUGGUAAAUUGUUUGCACAAUUGACCAUUUUGUGGUUUAACAUUGGAACAGAUGUCUAUGGUAAUGAACUAAAGUGUAGUUUGAUCAGAAGCUGUGUAAAAUAUGUCAAAGAAUGCAGUCAAUAUUCUAUUUUGGGACAACUUUUGAUUUACAUGCAACAGAAUGUUGUUUUCAGUGAAAAUGGAAAUCAAAUCAUACAUGCUUGCUUUCUGAACCAAAGUAAAUAAGAAACAUGAUAGUUUCUUUUGACAAGUAGCAGCUUUGUUUUGUCAAACUAGAACCGUUAAUUUCUGAAUGCAUUGUUAAUAAUUUUUAUUUAAUUAAAAACCUUUAUGCUGUACAAGGUUUCCUAAGUAGACAAGACACAUUUGUUGUGGGGCAGUUGGUUCUCGGGAAUUUUUUUGUAUUUGGCCUGUACUAGAUAAUUUCAAAUUGUGUACCAGGCAGUUUAAGGUUAUGCAUGGUUCUGUGGCAAUUCAAAUGAAAUCGAUGUAUUACUAAAGAACAUAUCUUUAUAGGGAGACUCUUACAAUAUGUCCAUGAGUGAAGAAAAUGAGGCCAUGUAAUUGAAAACUACUGAUUAAUAUAUUCCUUUAGCACCCUAACAUCAGUAUGCAUCUUCUCCAAAUUGUUCUCUCUACAUUUCUUAAGGUGCUGACAAGGAGAAUUUGUUUAACAAUCAAGAGUUUCUUUAGUUGGUGAUCAUGUCCUUAAUUCUCAUGACCUUAAUGUGUGUGAUGCAGAGGUGUUAUUGAAAGGAGAAAUAAGAUUCUAGUCUCUCCAAGGGGUUGGAGGGUUAACUCCCCUAAGUGACUAAGACGGAAUUUCUCCUUACAAUAUCAAUUUACUAUGAAGCAGACAAGUAUGAGAAUAAAGAAAAAUAAUAAUUAGGGUAUUAUUAGUUGAUCCAUUACCAAAUUAUUGGAACUAACAUGAGAAUUGUUUGCCAGACAGGAAGGGGAAUUGUAAUGAGGUCUUGGGUGUUAAAGAGUUAAAAAUCUUCCUGUUAGAUUUUUUCCUGAAUACUUUUUAAACUUUGCUAUUAUGUGACAUAGGGAGGUAAAUUUGACUGUGAAUAGAUUGUUUGUGUUUUGCCUGGAGCAACUCGUUCAGGGAUAAAAAGGCUGUGUGUACACCCGCUAGUAUGAGUAAUUAGUAUUGUGAAGACAAAUUAUUUACGUGACCAUAUUCUACGCUGUAAAUAUUCACAAUGUAUACCUGCAAUACAUGAAUAAGAAAAUGUUUAUACCUGCAUGAAUGUGAUUACUUUGAUUGAAAAAAUUGAAAAUCUUCGAGCAAAAACAUCAAGAGGAAACUCGAUUCAAGGAUUUUCCACAGGUAAAACGAGAAAACGAGGCCAAAACUAAACAAAAUUUUCCGAAAUGCCUCACUGAUUCACUAAAGGACGUAACCUUGGGCAAUUUUCAGAACUUGCAAAGGUGACAAAAAAAAAUCUCCAACCGUUAACUGUUAUUGAAUGACCCCAGGCAAGAUAUAAUCUAGUGCCCCUAGCAAAUUAUCGCAAUGUUGUUCAUGAUCGGAGUAAUAUUUAUUAUGGUGCAUGUACAGAUAGUAACUCUAACGUCGGUAGCGGUCGUUUUUCGUUGUUUCUUGACUAGCGGUGCCAUUUCUUCUGGAAAUGUUGAUAGAAGCGGUUUUCUCAAUCGCUGGGGUAACCAAGCUUGGUAGAAUGUGUUUUAAAUAUAGCCAACAUUUAUUUUAGAAGCCAAGAGACUGAGUUAGUUCCGAUCGCGUUAUAAUUAAUGACUUUUCUAAAGAGGAAAAAGUAUAUUUGCAGUUCAAUCAUUUCCUCUGUACGACUCAUUUCAUGAUACAAAGAGAGGAAAAAACCCCUCAAACCUUUUGUAGGAUCAAGGACAUUUUGCAGAUAGGCCAAGAACUUUGAAAAUACGUUUACCUUCAAUCAUUUAAAAUUAUUAACUUAGAGAAUUCGAAAAGCCAGAUCGCAGAAUAUUGCAAUUUGGUGUGACAAAGAUCAGAUCAGAGGUGUAUUCAAACUUAAUCUGACAUGGUCUGAUAUACAAUAUCCUAUUAAAACAUGCUCUUAGUCGCUUUUGUGGUA